AUGCUUGUGAUGCCUGUCGUGCAAGAAAGGUCAAGUGCCUUUACGAAGGCGACGGAAAAUGUCAAGCAUGUAUUGAGCUUGCAGUUCCGUGCACGCGGAAUAGACCCAGAAAGAAGAGAGGCCCACCAAAUCGGUACCGAAUGGUUGAUUCCCAUUCGAAAUGCUGUUGUUAAUGAUUUAUACAGAUAUGUGAUAGGCCUAACUGAGCCUGAGAGCGAGCUCCCUUCUACCUCUCCGACAUCUACGUCAACAACAGCGAUCACUCCGAAUUCAACAUCAACAUACCUGCCCCCACUACCAAUCUUAGAUCAAAUCGCGCCCCCAGAAACCAUCCGGCGUAUCAUAGACGACUGGUUCAACCUCAUCCAUUCCGUCUGCCCAAUCCAUCACCGCGCCAAUUUCCUGAAGAGGCUUGGAAAUGGCAAUUUGGACAAUGAUCCCGAGUUUCUGGCUGUGGUCAUCUCACUUUGCUGUGCUACAGUCUCGAGUCUGCCUCGAAAGGCAGUACUUGACUACCCCGAUGUCACGGUGAAGCGAUGCUUCGAGGUGAUUCAGUAUCAUCGUCUACUGGACGAUUACAGAAGUAUCUCCUUGCAGUGGUGCCAGGCGAAAUACCAUCUAAGCACUUCGUUUGUUUCAGAGGAAAGCCUCGUCUCCUUCCGUCUGCUUGGGGAGGUCACCACUGGAAUCAAGUACUUGGUAGGCUACGAACUGCCAAACAUGUCAAGAGUUGAUGCCGAGCUUGCAAAGCGCUUGCACUGUCUAGUGCUUUGCGGACUUUGUACCUGGUCAAUAUAUGGUCGGCCGUGCAUCGGAUUGAUUUCUGCCCAAGACAACAUCCAGGCCAUAAAGCCUCUGGAUCUGAAUGACACAGAACUAGAUCCCACGAAUAUCGACCUCUCCAAUCUAUGGCACGGUGAUACAGUGACAUAUGUGCCUGGGCUGAACUACCUCACACAUCUAUUUUACCUCUGGCAUUCGAGUCAACAAACUUCCCCGUUGUCGGUUCCUCAUAUCCAGCAAAACAUGACGUACAUACAGCGAGCACUCGAUACUCUUCCGCCCGAGCUGCGCUGGCGAGGAGGAUUGUCAAGGCCACCGGGUAGUAACUUCGGAACAGAUGUCCAGACAGCCAAUCUGUACAUAACUCAACUGCACAUCCGAUCAUCUCUAUUGGAACAAAUGUAUACUUUGUCGAAGUCUCUCCCCACAAGUCCAGCUCUUGGCGGUGGUAAUGUGGCUCAAGGCUUGAACUUACACAAAGAUGAGAUUCGGAAGCAACGAGCGGAGAUUGUCAAAGACCUUCUCGAGAUUUUGUAUCAUAUGAGUGAGGAAACACUAGAGUCGAAUGGCCACAGCUUAGUACCCAAAGUCCGAGAUAUCGGUAGUGCCUUGUUAGACGAGAUGAGAGUCGGUGACAGUCAGUUGAACAGUAGCGAGACGGAUGGGACUGGAGCUUUUAGUGCCCAGGAAGCAAGUAUGGAUCUGAGAAGACUGUUGGAGAAAUUGGAAAGGCUUGACUUUAGACCUUGGGACGAUAGUUAUCAGAGGCGUUCAUACAUAGCUUCUGGAGCUUCAGGAAUGUAA